CAAAUUUAUUGUGUAGGCUGAUGCAGUCAGGAAGCACUGCCUUCUCGUCUCACACUAAGACGCACAGACAUGCACACUUGUCACAACUCCUACAGUGUAAUAGGUUUCUGUUGAUUUCAGAGAACAUCAGCUACAAGGCUGACACACAAGCAACAGUUGAGGAUUCUCAAACAGGCAUAUCUCCAGGUAGAAUGGACCUCCACUGUCCUGUAUGUUUACAUGUAGCCACUUUUCCUGUGGAGACAAACUGUGGGCAUCUCUUCUGUGCUCCUUGUCUUAUAUCUUACUGGAAACACAGCUGCUGUUUAGAGGCUAUCAGCUGCCCUUUGUGCAGACAAAAGGUGAACGUCAUGUUUCACCUGUUUCAUGAGAGCAGAUCAGACAGGAAGGAGAGAGAGGUACUGGGCCAUGUUAAAGACUAUAAUAAACGUUAUUCUGGAGCACCAAGAAAAAUAAGUGAAUACAUCUUUGAUGCUCCUUUCUUUAUGCUGCUUUUGUUGCGCACUUUGGGAAACAUGGGCGGUUUGGUGUGGCUCUUCUUGCUGAGAGUGGCACUGUGUGGAUUCGGGGCAGCUGCAUCCUUUGUGUCUCCAUUAGAGGCUAUGCCCGGACACUUCAGCGGGGCAUUGGGGCUUUUAGAUGACCUAGUUGUAGUCUUUCUCCUCCUCAUCGCCAUGAUUAACAUCCACCAGCAGAUGGUGCCAGAAAGGACAACCAGGCCGCACACUGUGGAACAUGGAAUACUGUCGGACAUGUUGUAAAAUGGUGGGGAAAAGAUAUCGAGAAGCACCAUGAGAGUAUUCUUAAGCGACAUAAAGAAAGGAGACUACUGUACUGACCACAACGUGUACAUGCACCUUAACUCAGCCAUAACUCUGAGAGCAGGGCUGUCAAGUGUCACGCAUUGAGAGUCACGAAUUUCGGUCUUUUGUCACGCUCUCCUGCCACACAUUGUAUUUGUCACGCAGAAAAACCUUUUGACUAUUUAUCAUGUAUUUAAUAAGCCGCACCGCUGUCUCUAUGGGACCAGGCAGGAAUCAAGCUCAUGAUUCUCCUGGAGCUAAUAGUCGAGCCUGACAAAAAAAAGAGGCUACACAAUAGCCAAUCAGAAAAUAGCACUAUUGUAUCUGGGUAAGAUUUAACAUAACCAAUUUAUUAGAGAGGGUAUUUUGGAUGGUCGGUUUGUCACUGUUGCCUGUCUUCAAAACUUAAGAGCAAUGACUCUGUGUGAAUAAGGCAACACAGCGAUGCUUAUAACAGUGUGUGAUUGUCAAUAGUUUACUCAUAGUGUACACUGGUUAUAAUUCUCUUUUCCCUGUAACUUUUCAUGCAAUAUAAUAAAGUAUUUUUUCUACUUUC